AUGUUUGAGCCCAUUUAUAGUGCUGUUAAAAUUACAGGAAUAACGUUCCUUUGUGGAUUUAUUAUGGGAAUGGAUAUACCUUCAUUAUCAAUGUUUUUGGGCAAGGAUCAUUUUGCAGAAUAUUUUAAUUAUCCCAGCCCCAUAAUGCAAGGUUUAGCGACUGGGGCGAGCCCCAUGGGAGGGCUUUUCGGUUGUCUAUUGUACAAUGGUCUUGCUCGGUAUUUUGGCCGAGUCAGCUUGUUUCGCAUUGGCUCAGCUCUGUGGAUUCAGGGUUCUUUAAUUGGCUUAUUGUCGUUUAGGUUGUGGAUGGUGGUCUUGUCUAGAUGGAUCAAGGGCCUCGCUAUUGGAAUGUUUUCAAUACUUGUUGCCGCAUAUAUCAGCGAAAUUAUCCCAAAGCAUCGGAAAGGGAGGACAAUGGCGCUUGUGCAGUUCGCAUUUUCUUUGGCAAUGUUGGCAGUUUAUUAUAUGUGCGUCGGAUUGAAUUUCUUGGGGUCUCCGUUAUCCUUCAGAGUAGCCUGGGGGCUUGAAAUGAUACCUGCAAUUGCAACAAUGAUAACCACUUUAUGGCUACCUGAAUCACCAGAAUGGCUCACCUUACAAGGUGAUUACGUCAAGGCCGAGUUUGUACAGAACGAAUUAGCUAACCAUUUUAACAAAACGAGUAAGACGCGGAAGAUAACUCUUUACAAUAAACUAGAACUGGCCUGUCUUCACGGAGCUAAAACAGAUGGAUUUAGGUACAGAGAUUUACUUGGUCCGAAUUGUUGGAGGCAAACCCUGAUGGGCUCAACUUUACAAUUGCUAGUGCAAUUCAGUGGGAUUAACAUCCUGAUGUACUAUAUCAUAUUUAUCUGUGAUAUGGUGGGAUUAAAAGGCACAGUUCGGUUCGUAGCCGCUUCGAUGCCAUAUAUCAUCAAUGUGCCCUUUGGCCUGUUCCCAAUAUUUGUCAUGGACCAUGUUAGAAGGAAAGAUCUUACCUUGGCGGGUGCAUUCCCGCUAAGUAUCAUCAUGUUUGCCCUUGGCAUUAUAAUGGCCACAAAUGGGCACAAAGUGGACCCGAUCAACGGAAACAAAUCUUUAGUAUGGUCAAUCAACAAUCAGGCAGCUCCUUUCGUACUAGGUCUAUCGUUUUUGUUUGUAGCAGUGUUCACAGUGACAUUAUCCAGCACACCAUGGAUCUAUACAAACGAGAUACUGCCGGCAAGAGCUAAACACAAGGGUCUAGCAGUCUGUAUGCUAAUCGGAUGGGCCGCCAAUUUCAUCCUGACUUUACUCGGCCCCCUCAUGAUGGCAUCCAUAACUUGGGGCACUUUCAUUUUACUGGGAUCUACAACGUUCAUCAUCGCGCUCUCAAUACUACUAUUUUUCCCCGAUACCAAGGAUUUGAGCUCAAAAGAGAUCGAAGCUCUAUACGAAAAGAACCUAAUAAAAGAGGAACAACCCAAGACACCAAUCGAGUCCGACAACGAAUCAACAAGCGGAGCUGAACCCAUUGGAAUGCUCAAUGCAGACGUCCAAUCAUCGAUUGAAGUCCCCACGUUGCCCAAACUGUCAAAUGCACACUAG